CCACGGCUAUAAGCACUUCAUUGAGCAUGUGGCAGCCCUGCGUUCCUCAAAGCCCUUCCCAGCGCUCUCAUUGGCCGGGAGGACUGUGAGAAACUCCAACAAGCCCAAGACCCACACAUUCAUAUGGAGAUUUGGGCGUAUAAAUACAGGGCAGAGGCAGAGGAGAAGGCAGCUCAGAUUCAACUGGCUCUUCGAACCGAGCAGGAACGCGCUGAGCUGACAGCUAUGGCACCCACUGUAGUUGGACAAGCAAGCUAUCCUAAGGAACACCUGGCUCCUGUGCAUAAGAUGAGAAAGCCAAUGGUCGAGAAACUGCGCAGAGACCGCAUCAACACCAGCAUCGAGCAGCUGAAAUCUCUGCUCAGUCCCGAGUUCGUCAGGCAGCAGCCCGACUCCAAGCAGGAGAAGGCGGACAUCUUGGAGAUGGCCGUGUCCUAUCUGAGAGUCUGGCAGCAUCAGAAGCAGAAGGCCGGCGUGACCUCUGGCCUGAUGGCGGGCGGCGACGGCUACUCUCGCUGCGUGCAGGAGGCGGUCAGCUUCCUGUCGCACUGCGACGUCCAAACUCAGGCCCACCGACGGCUGCUCAGCCACUUCCAGGGCCUGCAGGCGUCCAGCCACGCUUCCUGCACCCUCUCCCCUCCCGGCUCGCCGCUCCAUCAGAUCAGCUCCGGCAAGCGUGUGAGCGAGGCCAGCAGCGCCCUGUGGAGGCCCUGGUAGGAUGGAGGCAGCAUCACCUCCUCCCAGAAAGAGAGAGAGAGAAUGAGAGAACUAAGUCUGUGAACGUCACAGACAGAAAGUUGAAGACUCAUUGAAGUCGGUUUCCUUUUGCUUUGGCAGGAGAUUCAAUAUUGUUGAGUGUUUUACUCGUGUGGCGAAAUCGGCACAAUGUGCCAGUGUUCCUUUGGAAGGACUGAAAUGAUCAAGUUUUACUGAGCAUGUACACCGCGUGUAUACACGUUAUACGCUUUACAAUUUAAAGUGCUCUUGUUCCUGUGGGGAAAAAAAAUACUUUUGUUUGUUUGUUUUGCAAACAUCCCUGAGUUGUUGUGUUGUAACACCCCCAUGGGGUGGAAACUAUUGAAGUGUCUGAGACACUGUUUGAUUUCUGUGUCUGAACGACUGUCUGCCUCUGAUACUGAGUAUCACUGACAGAUACAUUUCAUCAGCUUGUUGCUGAUGAAUCACAACAUCCUUUCAUUCAAUCCCAUGGAUUCACUUUGACUGUAAAUCUUAUUCUGAUUAUACUUGAUUAUGACUAUGUGUAACCAUUAUUUGGCCGAUGUGUACCUGUUUACUGUUCAGUUGUCAUCUUCAUAAUGGAUGUGUGAAUACCUUUUAUAAAGGCAUGUUGUGUUGACAUCAAUCUUUACUGAAAGAAUCUGUUGAAUUGCUUCCUUGAGAAGUUUGCCUUUGAACUUGAAAAAUAAAUGGGAAACUUCACGAGAAGUUUUACAAACAU